GGAUCCCAGCGCUGUCAUUCACUCAGCUUUCAGUUUAACACGCCGACUUGCGAAAAAAAAGGGCAGAAAAAAAGGAAAAGCAGCGCGAGCUUGUCUUUUUUUCCACACUUUUUGUACCCUUUGGUCGAGGGAGCUACAAGGCUUAGCGCCCACACAAGGCAAAGCGCAUUAUUUUGCCAGGAAAGAAGUCGAAACUGUUGCAUUCAGUGCUGAGCGUUAGCCCGCUCUGUCUGUACUGCUUUACAUUUCCUCUUUUUUUCCCCCCCUUCAGCUGCUGGAUUGUUGAAGAAGCAGCGUCCAUAGCUUUCCACUCUAUCUCUCUCGCGUGGGUGUGUAUCAACGUGCAUGUAGGACGUUUCCGGUUCUUUUUUUUUUUUUUUUUUUUUGCGUGAAAUCCGUGAGUAGUGGCGCUGGAGCUCGAGCUUUAUGUGUGUGUGAACGCCCAGCUUGUUGACCGGUGGGCUGAAGUUUAGUUUGCAGCGCUCGCGCCCAGUGACUGCCACACUGCUGCAUUGAGAGCGCGCGCUGCGCCGCGGAACAUUACACUAACCCUCGAUUUCUGUUCUGUUCGCUUUUUUUUUUUUUUUUUUUACACGUUUACUUAUCGCAAGAGGUGCUUUUAGAGGAAAGAGGACUGCUCGUGUGUUCCUCGCUCCACCACCACCUCCACCUCCACCGUGCGGACAGAAGGGGCACAUUUCGCCUCGUGCACACUCGAGAAGGAGAAAAAGACUGCGAUUUUUGACAGGAAUUUAUAAAAGUCUGAGCCACUUUCAUGCACUGAAAAGACCCGGAGGAGGAGGAAGACGUGGUGGAAGAAGAAGAAGAAGGUCAGUCUCAGGAGUGUCGGCUUAAUUCUGCGUUUUUCCAAACGAAACAAACACCUAGAAAAGAUACUCUAAGCUGAAUACAAACCUGCAUUUACAGAUGUGGUAACAUGCUUGCCGUGGACAGCCGUUCUCUUCAGAGCUCCUUCCUCUAAUGAUUCUCUUCCAUUGUCCUGCAAGACAUCAGCAGUGCUCUUCCCUCAGAACGUGAAAAUUCAUCAGAAAGCUGCCAAUCUUUAAAAACAUUCCUGUUAAGUGAAGUUUUACAUUUUGUGACCGGUCUACCCAAAGCGUCAGAACGCCAGCCAGAGACAGAAAACAUGGCUAACAACACUGCAGACCACCCACCUGGGAACUCUGUGGCUGAAGGCAAUCAUGAUGGGGACUUUGGCUGCACGCUGAUGGAGCUCCGGGAACUGAUGGAGCUCAGGAGUGCAGAGGCGGUCAACAAGAUCAGAGACGCCUACGGAGACGUGCAGGGGAUCUGCCGCAGGCUGAAAACUUCUCCUAUUGAAGGGCUCUCUGGAAACCCGGCGGACUUGGAAAAGCGCCACGCGGCCUUCGGAAGGAACUUUAUCCCUCCUAAAAAGCCCAAGACCUUCCUGCAGCUGGUGUGGGAGGCGUUGCAGGACGUCACACUCAUCAUCUUGGAGAUAGCUGCCAUCAUUUCUUUGGGCCUGUCCUUCUACCACCCACAAGGAGAUGACAGUAAUGCUUGUGGCCAGGCUGCUGGUGGUGUGGAGGAUGAAGGUGAAGCCCAGGCGGGUUGGAUCGAGGGCGCUGCUAUCUUGUUUUCGGUGAUCAUCGUUGUGUUGGUGACGGCAUUUAACGACUGGAGCAAAGAGAAGCAGUUCCGUGGGCUGCAGAGUCGCAUCGAACAGGAGCAGAAGUUCACCGUCAUCCGCAAGGGUCAAGUGAUCCAGAUCCCUGUGGCUGAGAUCGUGGUGGGAGAUAUCGCGCAGAUCAAAUACGGUGACCUGCUUCCCGCUGAUGGGAUUCUGAUCCAAGGCAAUGACCUGAAGAUCGAUGAGAGCUCUCUGACCGGAGAGUCAGAUCAAGUAAAGAAGUCUCUUGAGAAAGACCCAAUGCUAUUGUCUGGAACUCAUGUGAUGGAGGGAUCUGGGAGGAUGGUGGUCACUGCCAUUGGCCUGAACUCCCAGACCGGAAUCAUUUUCACUCUGCUUGGAGCCGGCGGUGAGGAGGAGGAGAAGAAAGUCAAGAAAGGUAAAAAACAAGGAGCCCCUGAAAAUCGCAACAAAGCCAAGACCCAGGAUGGCAUCGCUCUGGAGAUCCAGCCUCUGAAGAGUGAGGAGGGAGCCGAAUGCGAGGAGAAAGAGGAGAAAGAAGUGAAGAAGGUCAAUGUCACCAAGAAGGAGAAGUCUGUCCUGCAGGGCAAGCUGACCAGAUUGGCUGUGCAGAUCGGAAAAGCAGGUCUCAUCAUGUCUGCCGUGACCGUCAUCAUCCUCAUCUUGUACUUCGUGAUCGAUACAUUCGGGGUGCAGGGACGAGAGUGGAAGGCCGAAUGCACACCCAUCUACAUUCAGUACUUUGUCAAGUUCUUCAUCAUUGGUGUGACGGUGCUGGUGGUCGCUGUUCCUGAAGGGCUUCCGCUUGCCGUCACCAUUUCACUCGCCUACUCUGUCAAGAAAAUGAUGAAAGACAACAACCUGGUGAGGCACCUGGAUGCCUGCGAGACCAUGGGCAAUGCCACAGCCAUCUGUUCUGACAAGACCGGCACACUCACCAUGAACCGCAUGACCGUGGUGCAGGCCUACAUAGGUGACACACACUACAAGAAAGUUCCGGAGCCUGAGGCCAUCAAACCUGAGAUUCUGGAGCUCAUUGUUAACAGCAUCUCCAUCAACUCGGCCUACACCACCAAGAUCCUGUCACCAGAGCAUGAAGGUGGUCUACCAAGGCAUGUGGGUAAUAAGACUGAAUGUGCCCUCCUGGGACUGGUUCUGGAGCUGAAGAGAGAUUACCAGCCCAUCCGCGAUGAGAUUCCUGAGGAGAAGCUGUACAAGGUCUACACCUUCAAUUCAUCACGCAAGAGCAUGAGCACUGUGCUGAAAAAUGCAGACGGCUCAGGAUUCCGCAUGUACAGCAAAGGCGCCUCCGAGAUCAUCCUCCGCAAGUGUUCCUACAUUCUGGACGCUGCAGGUCAGCCUCGGGUCUUCAAGCCCAAGGACCGGGAUGAGAUGGUGCGGAAAGUGAUCGAACCCAUGGCCUGUGACGGCUUGAGGACCAUCUGCGUAGCUACGAGGGAAUUCACGGGCGAGGAGCCAAACUGGGACAACGAGGCUGAUAUUCUUUCAGACCUCACCUGCAUCUGCGUGGUGGGCAUCGAAGACCCUGUCCGUCCAGAGGUUCCAGAGGCCAUUGCUAAGUGCCAGAGAGCAGGCAUUACCGUGCGCAUGGUUACAGGUGACAAUAUCAACACUGCCCGUGCCAUUGCUACCAAAUGUGGCAUCCUGCAGCCUGGAGAAGACUUUCUGUGCCUGGAAGGCAAAGAGUUUAACCAACAAAUCCGCAAUGACAAAGGAGAGGUGGAACAAGAUCGUCUUGACAAAGUCUGGCCCAAACUGCGUGUACUAGCCCGUUCUUCUCCAACAGACAAGCACACUCUGGUCAAAGGCAUCAUUGACAGCACAGUGGGAGGAACGAGACAGGUGGUGGCAGUGACGGGUGACGGAACCAAUGACGGACCUGCUCUCAAAAAGGCUGAUGUUGGCUUUGCUAUGGGUAUUGCUGGGACUGACGUGGCUAAGGAAGCCUCUGACAUUAUCCUGACUGACGACAACUUCACCAGCAUCGUAAAGGCUGUGAUGUGGGGCCGUAACGUCUACGACAGCAUCUCCAAAUUCCUGCAGUUUCAGCUCACAGUCAACGUAGUGGCUGUCAUCGUGGCUUUCACCGGCGCCUGCAUUACACAGGACUCUCCGCUAAAAGCAGUGCAGAUGCUCUGGGUCAAUCUGAUCAUGGACACACUGGCCUCUCUGGCUCUGGCCACUGAACCACCCACUGAGGCCCUGCUGCUGCGCAAACCGUACGGCCGAAACAAGCCACUCAUCUCCAGAACCAUGAUGAAGAACAUCCUGGGCCACGCCGUCUACCAGCUGGCUGUCACCUUCACCUUGCUUUUUGCUGGAGAGAAGUUCUUCAACAUCGACAGCGGUCGCAAUGCCCCCCUUCACUCACCCCCCUCUGAACACUACACCAUCAUCUUCAACGUCUUCGUCAUGAUGCAGCUCUUCAAUGAGAUUAACGCCCGCAAGAUCCACGGAGAGAGGAACGUCUUCGAGGGCAUCCACAGGAACCCCAUCUUCUGCAGCGUCGUCCUGGGAACCUUCAUCCUGCAGAUCAUCAUCGUGCAGCUCGGAGGGAAGCCUUUCUCUUGCACAGCUCUCACCCUGGAUCAGUGGCUCUGGUGUAUUUUCAUUGGUGUCGGCGAACUGCUUUGGGGCCAGUUAAUCUCCGCCAUCCCCACACAUCGGCUGAAGUUCCUGACGACGGUUGGUCACGGCAGCACCAAGGAGGAGAUGCAGAAGGAGGAGCAGAUCGAGGACGUGGAUGAGAUUGACCACGCUGAGAUGGAGCUGCGCCGCGGUCAGAUCCUCUGGUUCCGAGGGCUGAACCGCAUUCAGACUCAGAUGGACGUGGUUUAUACAUUCCAGUCGAGUCAAACGGCGGUGCCCGGUGCGCUGCGGCGCCAGCCUUCGGUGGUCAGCCAGCACAACGACGCAAAAACAGUUUCUAGCCCCACGCAUAUUAAGGUGGUGAACGCUUUCCGCAGCUCACUGUACUCGGGCCUCGAGUCCAACAGCUCCAUCCACAGCUUCAUGGUCCACCCUGAGUUCAUGCCGCGGGUCGAGGAGGAGGAGGAGCACGUGCCCACGAUAGAGGAGAACAACGCCGAGAUCGAGAUGCUGCCUUCCUCCUCCUCCGCGUCCUCCUCCUCCGCCUCCCCCAGGAAAAGUGGAGGUGGAGGCGGAGAACCCCCGGACAGCUCCGUCCACGGCCCCGAGUCCUCCGUCUGACCAUCUUUGCUUCCCUGCAUCAAUCCCAGUCCUGUCCUCCUGCAAGCUCCUCCCUGAAAACACCUCACCCUUCAUGCAGCAUCCUCCCAUGGAGCCAUUUUCCCCCUCGGCUCCUCCUUGACUGGCAGCGUGGCGUCGGCACUAUGACAGCACGCACGGCACGGUCUAACUCGCCCACACGAGGGCAGAUCUGAGGCUGCAGCCUUUCCUUCACUGACAUUGUAUCCUUGUUUCUACCUUUUUGUUGUUGUCUGAUUUGUACAUGUCAUGUUUUGUUUCCUAGGACUUUUUUUUUUUUUUUUUUCACCAAUUCAGCGACUUUUACCCUUUCAGAUUUACAACUUGAAAUGUGCAUUUAUGUUCAUCCAUGAUUUUAUUAAUUUUUUGCAUUUUAUGGUGAUUUGAAACACAGGAGAUGUACAUCACUGAAAAGUAGUCCUUAGUUUAAAACAUGUUAUCCUUUUCUGUUUUCCAAAACUGCUGUCUAUCAGUGUCUUAAGGAGUCCACACACACUACAUUUUUUUUUUCUUCAAAAUACAUUGACUUUUUGAAUUAAGGUCAUCUUUGGUUGUCUUUGUUUAUUUGGUCAUGUUUUGGGUUCUGUAUGCACAGACCUAAGGCUGCUAUGCUGAAAGUCGAGCGAAAGAAAGCGUGUGUGAUUUCACCAAGAUGGGACAAGCGGGCCAUGCAACUCAUCAUCUCAGUCUCAAAAGUCAGCAAAAAAACAACUAAUUGUAAUCAGUCCCUGAUUUAGCAGAAUCACUUCUUUACUCAAGUUAGAGGACAUCAACAUGGAACUUUUUCCACUUUGUGUUUAACAUGACUCAUGAUUGAGAGUUUGUUUGGUGAUCCCGUGUGUGUGGUGUGUGUGCGUGUGCACGGGUUUCUGCAGUUAGAGUCGAUUUUCAGCUUAGAUUCAGGUCUUCUUUUUGCCGUUCCGUGUUAGACUCUACCCAAUAUUGUGAUCAGUUGCAGAAGACCUUCACCUCCACCUCCAAAGGAAAAACAAAUACUAAACAGCAUAAAAUGCAUAAUAGCUAGCGUGUAUUAUGCAGCCCGAAGCCUCUGUUCGAGCCCUGUGAAUGGCCUGUUAGCUAAGCAGAAAAUCCUGCCAGCUUUUGGCCAUGUGCUUCUAAUUCCCAAAUCGUAGUACUGCCAUAUUUCUAAUCCUGACUUCAGAGCUAGGUGAGACAGGAUCCUCAAUAUCCUUUUUCUACUUGCUAAGAGCCAUAUUUUAUAGGUUGUUCUUUUCUAAUUCCAUUUUUGCUUUCCUUCUUUGCUUUAAAAAAUCAGUCACUGCCUAAAAGAGAGAAGAUGGACCACUUUAAUAUUUCAUGAACAAACGCUACAGUUUAGACAAAGCCGCACUUCCCCCUACUGGCAAAUUAUUAUUAUUAUUUUUUUUUUUUGCUUAUUUCCCAAAGUGAUGUAUUACUAUGGCGAAAUGUGUAAAUUUCAUAUAAACGUUGAUGUUCUGUUCUGUUUUUUACAACUGUUCUGUAUUUUUAUAUUAAGUACUUUUUAAUAUUUUGGAAAUCUAUAAAUCAAAGGUGUAUAGGCUCGGAGCAUUCGGUGACGUAACAUAUUUAGUAAAGCGGGCAGUAGAGUACAUUGGAUUGCAGAUAUACUUAUGCCACGUUUAAUAGGAAGUGCUUUGGCCAAGGCGAGAAUGAGAGCAUGACGUGUUUACUUUAAAUCCAGCGAGAUUCGUAAAACUAUAAGCUCAAUUUAAACGGCAUGGGGGGGUAGGUGCAUUGGGAAGACUUAAGCCUAUAGUUUAUCCAACAUACUGGCUACUGUAAAUGUUACACGGACAUGUGCAUUGACGUUACUAGUUCUAAAAGGAAUAUUUUGUUAAUUAAAUAUUAAUUGAAAUUGUUACAAUGCAUAUUUUCAUCAUGUACAAUCACAUGGUUAUGUUCAUUGGCAUGGUAUUACAGCAUAAUUUAUUUUCUUCUUCUUCUUUUUUUUUAACCAUGGGCUGUUUUAUUUCUUGGUUUGUUUGACAGUAAAUUCAUGUGUGUGCCCAGAUAUAACUUGUCUUAAGGAUAUAUUUGAAUUUUUUUUUUAAUGAUCUGCUCAAUUCAUGAACAUCUAGUGCACCAUGUACUGCGUUCAGUGUAGUGUUAAAAACAAAAGCUUGUUCUGCAGUCAAAGCUUUAAGAAAGUUCUGCCAAAGUGUUAUUUUGUACAAUCAUGACUUAGCGUUAUUCGAGUCCCUACAUACAUGUGUGUUAUGUUGUUGAAAUGACACUACUUUGUUUCCGCACAUCUGUUCAGAGUUCUAAAGAUGUCCUAAAUGAAUAUUUGUGAACCUAACUUUCAUCCUGUUAUCCACCUCAUUGCAUCAUCUUUUCCCUGGACAUUUUGCUGUACACUGAUGUUAAUCAACAGCAGUUUCAGUUUCAGCAUUAACCGAUUUGGCUCCGCAGGACAAUUUGUUAUUUGCACACGUCUGUCCUUUUGCUGAAGUGCAAAAAAAAAAAAAAAAAAAAAAAGAUGGCAUGCAGUAGCUGAUUCGACUGCGUGGCUAGUCUACUGAGAUUCUUUGACAGCUCUUGUUUCAGUUUGGGGCUUAGGAGUGAUACACCAUAGCUGUAAAUAAAAGAUUGCAUUUUUAACCUGGAAUUAGUCAUAACCGCCUAUUUUCCAUAACUUAGGCAACCGAGCUCCUGCAUUUGAGUGCAUUCAAAAGUGUAUUCGAUUGUGAAGAGGUUUAAAAAAAAAAAAAAAAAAAGAAACAAAUUUCUUUAAUUCAUAUGAUUACGAUAAUAAGCACUGGUGUUAUUUUUGUAUAAACCUAAUAUCAUCUAUGUGGCAUGCAUGACUUAUAAACAAAUUGGUGGUUCAAAGCAAUAUGUACAACCUGGUGUGAGUGGUAUUUCUAGUGUCCUGUGUUGCUUAAAAGAAAACUCUUAACUGUUCAAUAUAUGUGUUCAGUGUUUCUGCAUGAUUAAGAAUGGAAUGAGACAUCCCGAAAACCUGUACUCGUUCUCCCGAUGAAUGCCGCACGUGGCACGCACACACAAACACACACCUCUCACAUUAAUUAACAGAGCAGAAGAAACACACACUGACAUGAUGCUGUCAUAGAGAGGAAAAAUGGACACUGAUCACUCUGUUUAUUAGACUAUAUGUUUAUAUAUGUGUGAUUCAGGUUUGGAAGCUUGUCCACUCAACCCUCAUGUGCUCAUCUCUAGGCUUGGAUUGUACUUUAUCACUUGUAAGUUGGAUAAAAUGGGCUGCCGAAUAAAUGUAAUAUUCCACGAUCACUAGUAAUAUGAGCUGGGGAAUGGACUUUUUAAACCAAGCAUGAUCACUUUUACUCCGCAUUCCACUCGCUUCAUCUUGUGUCAUUUCCAUUACUGUCAUGCAGUUAGUCAUCCAUGUUGUACAGCUUUGACUUCAUGUCACCCACGUGUGAAAGAAGCAGCUUUUCUCCACCACAUGAGCCAUCAAAGAUAAAAAAAAAAUAAAUAAAAAAAAACAAGAACUCAUGGAGCAUCAAGGCUUUUUGAGUCUUGAUCUUGCAAUUAAAAGUGGAGACUUUGAAUAUGAAGGUAAGCAUCGAUCAUUUUUCCCCCAUCUUCACCACUUCAGUUCAAUGAAUCAGUUGAUUUAAGUCAUGUCUCAGUUCAGUUCGUUUUACACAUUCUGCAGUCCAUCAGCGGCUCGAACGAGCACUUCAUUUCAUCAAAUGCAAAAUGAGAGCAAUGGUUUUCAUCAGUGGCUUGGGAAUGUGUGCUUCUCUGUAUAUUCAAUGAACGAUUCCAAGGAUAUGAAAAAGCAAAAAUGAUUGGAUUGAUGCUGUUUCCAGUGACCGGCGAUUACUGUGAUUGGCUGUGGUCACUUACAAAUAAUGUCAAAUUCACAGAACUGUCUGUUUCUUUUUCCACUCCUUCUGUAAAUUAUGACUUUAUUUAUUUAUUUUUUUGAUCAGAGCCAUGUUUUAAGCAGUACCUAUAAGUAACUUUUGUAUUUUGUAUAAAGGGCAAAUAUUUCUAUCUGAAAUCUAUGAGUCAAAGAAAUUCAACUUUAAGAGUAAGAAAAUAGCUAAAAAAAAAAUGAUAAAACCUAAGUACACAAAAUGUUUAAAGUGGAAAAAUAGCCAUUAAGAUAUUUUUCUUUUUACCAAGUGCUGGAACAUACAUUUUUUAACUUCUCAUUUUCCUAGAUUCUGAAUAGGACUAUAAUAUUAAAUUAUUGACGUUUUGGGCUAGGAUUAGUUUACUUAUAAAUCUUUUUCUUACUAUUUUUCAAUAGACUGUGUGUCUGAGAGUUAGCCAUACUCUCGUGUCUGAGGUCGUGUUUACAUUCGUUACCAAGGAGGCUUUGUUGCGUGAAAUGGAGCAUGUUUCGAUUUUUUUAUGGCAUGCUGUCUUCUUGAUCACAAAAGUGCCAUUCAGCGGCAUUGAAUCAAACAUUCCACUGUGUUAAUUAUCUGAAACGUUUUGCUUGUCAAGAGAGAUGUCUGCCAUUUUAGAUUUUGAAAUUGUUGCCCUGAAAAGGUCCGUUUGAAAUCAGCAUCCUCACGAAAAGUAGGAGUAAUGCUGAAUCAUUUCAAACGAUAUGAAAUGUAUAAAGCUUUAUUGUUGUUUUUUUGUUUGUUUUUAAUGAUUGUGCCAGAUGGGAAACUUGCUGAUGCUUUUUGCCCCAGUCUACGUGUUUACACUUCAGCUACAUCUGCCCAGUUUUGUCCAAAUGACAUAGAAUCUGUGUUCUUACUACAUAGUAUAGCACUUUAAGGGCACUUCAAGGGCUAAAAGGUGACUGCAGGUUACCAGUUAACAAAUUAUGAACGUCUAAUUGACAGAGAAUUCAAAACACUACAUAACGGGAACAGGAGAAAGAGUGUGCAGUUCAUCAUUGUGACUCAUCAUUUGUCAUUUUCAUCAUUAUUAGACCUACGUUGGGAGAAAGAGCUUCAUUAGAGAUCUGGGUUACGAUAACACAAGAUUGCUAACACUUGUUUUAUUACCACUUUUGAAUAGGUCGAUCAGUCAAGCUGCCCUGAAACCCUUUGAGGAAGUGACUGAUGAUCGUAAACAGCAUCUUUUAUCGGUGUGUGUUUCGGCUGACAAAAAUCUGGCAUUCGAUUCACCCUCUCCACAACACGUUCCCUUUUUGUAAAUAUAACUUAUCAUGCCAAAAUGUCAGUCCUGUUUGCUUCCAACUAUGCAACAGAUUGGUUGAUUUUAGAAUGUGGUCACUUAUUUAUCCUGAUUCUCCUCUCUCUCUCUCUCUCUCUUUCUCUAUCUCUCUCUCUUGCUGUCUAUGCUCUUUUCUUUUCUGUCUCGGUGAACGCAGCCAUGCCCAUUUCUCAUUACUUUAUACUAACAAAAACGCAAGUGUAUUAUGUACGUACGUAUGUAUGUAUGCGUGUGAUGUGCACACCUUUGAAUUUUAUUUACUCUUUUGUAAUAUAUGAUCAUGUGGAAUGCCUUGUUCUUUAUGUCCUGUCGUUUGAAAUUAACAGAACAAACAAAAAAUGAUAACCGAGCAAUUGAGGUGAAAGUUAUUAUAUACAACUCUAUAUAAAUAUAUAUAUAUAUAAUAUAUAUAAAUAAAGCCAUUAGGAUUUGAAAUACA